AUGGGGAAUACGAUAGCAUGCUGCGUGUCCCGGGAGAGAAGCCCAAAGUUACCAAGGCAACUGGCGAACCGCCAGGAAGACUACCAAAUAAGCGCGAACGUGAGGGAAGACACCCGCCCGUACCUGCAGCACAUUAGCGACAGAGAGGAGCCUGACGACCUGGCCCAGGAGUCCCACCCAUCGAACCAUGCCCGAGUCAGCACCAUCUUCCUCAGCAAGUCCCAGACAGACUUGCAAGACAAGAGGAAAAGCAAUCACAUAAACCAUGUUAGUCAUACCUCUCCUCUCUCUAAGAAGUACAGUUCCUGUUCCACCAUCUUUAUAGAUGACAGCACGGUCAGCCAGCCCAACUUGAAAAGCACAAUAAAAUGUGUUACACUAGCGAUAUACUACCACAUUAAAAACAGGGACUCUGACAGGUCACUGGACAUUUUUGAUGAGAAGAUGCACCCCUUAUCGAGAGAGCAGGUUCCUGGUGACUACUCUCGUACGGACCCCGAGCACAAACUCAUCUACCGCUUUGUCAGAACUCUGUUCAGCGCUGCACAGCUCACUGCAGAGUGUGCCAUCGUCACCUUGGUGUACCUGGAGCGUCUGCUGACCUACGCUGAGAUAGACAUCUGUCCAUGUAACUGGAAGCGCAUUGUACUGGGGGCCAUCCUGCUGGCCUCCAAGGUGUGGGAUGACCAGGCUGUCUGGAACGUAGAUUACUGCCAGAUCCUCAAAGACAUCACCGUGGAGGACAUGAACGAGAUGGAACGCCAAUUCCUGGAGCUGCUGCAGUUCAACAUCAACGUCCCGGCUAGUGUUUAUGCCAAGUACUACUUCGACCUGCGCUCUCUGGCUGACGACAACAACCUCCGCUUCCCACUGGAGACACUCGGCAACGAGAGGGCACAGAAACUGGAGGCCAUCUCCAGACUGUGUGAGGACAAGUAUAAGGACCGGAGCCGAGCAGCCAUGAGGAGGUCCUUUAGCGCUGACAACCUGGUGGGCAUCCGCUGCUCCAAUGCUGUACUCUCAUAGGCCAGCCAUACUACAGUGCUGUUCUCUCAUUGGACAAAUGUCACUCGAAUGCUGUUCUCUUAUUGGACAGCCAUACUCCAAUGUUGUGCUCACUGGACAGCGACACAAUAUCUGACCUCUACGGCCUAACCAACAAACACUCCAGGAUACCUAACCAUGACUCG